AUGGUACUGAGGUGUGUCGGAGUGUUUCUAGUGCUGUGUGUGGUACUGGCACGAUGUGAGGAUGAUGAAAUUAGGACAUGUACCGAUGGAGAGUGCGUGAAACCGCAUGAAUGUGUGACCGGCGAGCUAGAAGACGAUGGUGCGGAAGUGAUUGAUAUUCGUUUCAAUCCAGAAAAUGAGUGCGUCGACUAUUUGUUGAAGUGCUGUCCUUAUCCGAAAGAUGAGGAUGACUACGAGCUCGAGAUACCUCCACCUGUGCAAGCAGUUAAUACGUUUGGAAGAUCGUCUACAACGGCACGUGCACCUUUUGCUAAUGGAGAUCCUUCCAAAUUCGAAGAUGGCGAACUUGAGAUACCUCCAGCAAGUGCAUUGCCGGACAAGGAUAGCGAGUCACAGUACGGAGAGUUCCCGUGGAUGGUAGCGAUUUACAAGGAAGAAAAGGCAUUGGAUCUGGUAAUCGUUUUAUACCAGUGCGGUGGAUCCCUCAUUCACCCAGCCGUCGUCCUGACGACGGCCCACUGUGUCCAGAAUACGAUGCCCUGGGAGGUGAAAGUGCGUCUCGGUGAAUGGGAUACACAGACGACCAAUGAAGUUUAUCCAUCGCAGAAUCGUGAGGUCGUAGAAAUUGUUUCCCACCCCGAGUUUAACAAAGGAGCUCUGUUCAAUAAUGUGGCGCUACUGUACCUGGAUAAACCGGUCGAAAUAACGGAAGUAGUCUACACGAUCUGCCUUCCACCAGUAAGCUACAAUUUUGAUAAAGCCAAUUGCUUUGCUUCCGGUUGGGGAAAGGAUGUGUUUGGCAAAGCGGGCACUUAUCAGGUGAUUCUCAAGAAAACUGCACUAUCGGUCGUGCCUCGUGGACAGUGCCAGAGAGCGCUGCGUUCGACGCGACUUGGGAGAAGGUUUAAGCUCCACACAAGCUUCAUCUGUGCCGGAGGUGAGAAAGGUCGCGAUACGUGUAAGGGUGAUGGGGGCUCACCUUUAGUUUGUCCAAUUCCUGGCACGACAAACCGUUACUAUCAGGCCGGUAUGGUUGCGUGGGGUAUUGGGUGUGGUACCGACGGUGUUCCAGGUGUAUACGUGAAUGUGCCCAUGUUCCGUGAGUGGAUCGAUGAGCAGCUUCGGCAGAAAAAUAUUUCUUCUAGCUACUAUCAAUCUGACCUGUUGUUCGGUAAGAUGCUGUGGCGACUUGGACUGCUGUUAGGCCUGUGCCUAGUCCUGGCGCGAGGCGAAGAAGAUGAGGUUAUCAAAUGUACCGGUGGUGAAUGCGUGAAGCUUCACCUUUGUCCCAAUGGUGAGCUUAACACAGAUGGUGCAAAUAUCAUUGACAUUCGCUUCAACCCGGACAACGAGUGUGAGGAUUAUCUGCUCAAGUGUUGCCCUUACCCCGAAGAUGACGAGGAUAUCGUUCCUCCGCCGCCAUCCCAUCCGGGAACUGAUACGGGUGCAACUGGGCCAGGAACGAAUGUGGGCCCCGGGACGGAGACAGGACCAGCUCCGACGACGGUACCUGGUACGGGUACCGGAUCCAGUACCAUUCCACCAAAUCAAGGAACUGGCCCUGUACAGCCUAUCCCUGGUGGUGCAGGACAGCUAGGAACUGGUAAUAAACCAACGGGUACUGGUGCUGGUAUUGGUGGUGGUGGUGGUGGUGCUAAACCUCAUGGGCAUGGUCAGGGGCAAGGAUAUGGAGGCUGUCGGGGUGACAGCUCAUGCUCGAAACCAAGCUCAUCGUCCGAAGGCGACGAGCAAGCGGUGUUAGUCGGUAAGGAUCAAAUUCCUAGCGGUGGGACAGCGACUUCUGCCAACCAGGAGUUGGUCAGCAGACAGGUGGUUCAGGAGGAUCAGGCGGAAGUACUUCUGCUGAAAAACCUGGCCAGCAAGGAGGACCAGCUGGCUCUGGUGCAGCUCAAGGAAGUCCGAUCCAAAAGCCUGGCCAACAAGGUACUAGUGGAACUGGAGGUGCUGCAACUCAAAAACCCGGUCAGCCUGUUCAACCAGGUGCUGGUGGAGCUGGGGCAGCUGGAGGUGUUCCUACUCAAAAACCCAGUCAACAAGGUGUUGGUGGAACUGGUGGCCCUGCAACAGGUGGUCAACAGCCUGUUCAACCAGGUGCUGGUGGAGCUGGAGCAGCUGGAGGUUUGCCAACUCAAAAACCUGGACAACCUGGUGCUAGUGGAACUGGAGGUCCUGGAGGAGUUGUAUCUCAAAACCCCGGACAACCAGGUGCAGGAGGUUCCAGUGGCACAUCGGGAGGCGGUCAUUCCGGCGUUCCAACUCAAAAACCUGGUCAACAAGGUGUUGGUGGACCGGGUGCCAGGCGGAGCUGGACAAAAACAUCCGGGCAUGGGUGGUGCUCAGCAUCCUAAUGUUGGUGGUGGUUAUAAUAGUGGUGUGAAGGGCACUCAACCAGAUAAAAUUGGCUCUGCCACGCAGAAUCCUUUAGACAAAACAGUUGAAGUUCCGCAUAAGUGUGGUCUGCGCAAUGUGGACGGUGUCGGAUUCCGCAUCACCGGUGACAACGAUGGCGAAUCGGAGUACGGAGAGUUCCCAUGGAUGGUCGCAAUCCUUAAGGAGGAAAAGGCACUUGACCAAGUCAUCAAUUUGUAUCAGUGCGGUGGAUCGCUUAUUCACCCAUCGGUCGUACUGACAGCGGCCCACUGCGUCCAGAACAGAAAACCAGAGGAGGUGAAGGUGCGUCUAGGCGAGUGGGAUACGCAAACCAAGAACGAGAUGUUUGACUAUCAGGACCGCAACGUCGUGGAGAUCGUCAGUCACGCCGAAUUCUACAAGGGAGGUCUGUUCAAUGAUGUAGCACUGUUGUUCCUGGACAAACCGGCCGAGCUGAUGGAGACAGUGAACACGAUUUGUCUUCCACCAGCAAAUCACAACUUUGAUCUGUCUCGCUGUUUUGCAUCCGGCUGGGGCAAGGAUGUGUUCGGCAAGCAGGGCACGUAUCAGGUGAUUCUCAAAAAGAUCGAGCUACCGAUCAUGCCAAAUGAAGAGUGUCAAAAGGCAUUGCGUACAACACGUCUCGGACGACGGUUUAAACUACACUCGAGCUUCAUCUGUGCCGGAGGCGAGAAAGGCCGCGAUACGUGCAAGGGUGACGGAGGAUCACCAUUAGUCUGCCCAAUCCCUGGCACGAUCAACCACUACUACCAGGCCGGUAUGGUAGCGUGGGGUAUUGGUAUGGCGUCCUUAAAGUGGUGGAUAAUUUCUUUUGGGAUGUUGUGCUCUGGAAUUGUAGGAGAACUCAUCGUUAUAAGCACGGACAAUAAUGAGGUUUGUACAACGCGUUCCGGUGAGCCAGGCAUCUGUGUGUAUCAGUACCAGUGCAUGGAAGGAGUGAUCAGCAAUUCUGGAGAAAUGAUUAUCGACAUCAGACAGAAUCUGGAUGACUGUAAUGACCAUUUGAUGGAGUGUUGUGCGGAACCAAGCAAGCCAACAACACCGACCAGCUCAGAUGGGGAUGAGAACGAUACUUCCUCUACGACAAUCGCUUCCACAUUGGGCCCAGCUGAUGAAGAUGUAAACGAGACUACCCCUCGAAAUCCUGAAGAACCUAAACGGCCAACGGUAAACAUACCACCGUACGAGGUCGAAGGCUGUGGUCAUCGUAAUCCAAAUGGUGUGAUCUUUUCGAUCGAAAACAACCAGUUCAGUGAGUCCGAGUAUGGAGAGUAUCCCUGGACAGUGGCAAUUUUCGCCCGCACGAAGAACAACUCGCUACAGUAUCUGUGCGGAGGUGCACUAAUCGAUCGGGCAGCAAUGCUCACUACGGCCACCUGUGUGCAUGCGUACCGGUUUGACAUAACACGGCUGGUAGUGAGAUUGGGCGAAUGGGACAUGAGUACUGUUCGCGAGCCCAUACCACACAUUGACAGUGAGGUGGAGAAACUUUACAUCCAUCCCCAGUACGGUAUGACAAGCAAGAUAAAUGAUAUAGCGAUCAUCGUAUUGCGCGACACAAUCGAGCUAAACCAUACUAUUGGAGUAGUAUGUCUGCCACCGGCCAGUAGUGAUCCUCACGGCGCGGAAGUGGUAGGGGUCGGGUGGGGUGAUGUACCGAACUUCAUUGAACCCAGAAAGCUUCCGCAGACAAUACUGAAGAAGGCGCACCUGCGGCAUCUUCCGCACGAUCUGUGCCAACAGACGUUGCGCAAGUUGAUGAGCCGUAAAUACCAUCUGCAUCACAGCUUUCUCUGUGCUGAAGCGCAAACCACGGAGAUGUUGCCGUGCCGAGGAGACACAGGCUCACCAUAUAUCAUGGAAACGUCACACGGCAGCGAACGGUACUAUUUGGUGGGUCUCAGCUCGUGGGGCUAUGACUGCAACAAGCAAAGCGCUCCAACGGUCCUGACCAAUGUGGCCUAUCAUCGCGAGUGGAUUGAUAAGGUGAUAAAGGAGGAAGAUCUCAACGUAUGGAGUUACACGUACGAACAACCCACGAACAAUGAUGAAGAAGAAUAAAUGUUCCCGAGUCUUAGUAUUUUAUUGUA